AUGUGGCGGCGAUGCGUGAUCGCCAUUCCAGUGGUUGCCAUAGCAGCAGCAUCAGUACCUGCAGUGGCAGAGAGUGAACUUAAACCUGACGGUUCUAUCAUGACCCGUGACAGCGGUUGUGAUCCAUUCGGCUGCAACCAACACUGCAUCAGGAUGGGUUACGCGCGUGGCGUAUGCAUCGGUUCUUACUGCCAAUGCCGCUCUCGUAAAAGGCGUUCCCUACCACAGUCAGAAUUCCAAAACAUAGAAUCAGCAUCUUUGAAGAAGCGGUCUUUUCUCGAAGCUGAAUAUCACAUACCAGAACGGAAACGCAAAGGUGAGACCCGGGCUAGUUGUGACCCUUACGGAUGCGACGUGUUCUGCAGGAAGAUGGGAUACAAACGAGGUGUUUGUGUUGGGUACUGUCAAUGCCGUACCGUAUAA